GCCCGACGUCGUCGUCAUUGGGACCACGGAUCCCACCGAUUACCCUGGAUUACCCGCGACACAACGCCUCCUGGCCAUCAGUUACGAUGACUACGGUGCGCACUAUACCCUCGGAUAAGAUAAAUCUACGCCUCAUCCUCGUCAGUGGCAAGACAAAAGAGUUCCUAUUCAGUCCAAGCGAUUCCGCAGGCGAUAUAGCGCACCAUGUGUUUGAAAAUUGGCCGGAAGACUGGGCAGAGGAGGCGGUCGCCAAGGCGGAGAUCUUGCGGCUAAUCUACCAGGGUCGUUUCCUGCACAGCAAUGUCACGCUCGGUGCUCUUGGGCUUCCCUUCGGAAAAACCACGGUGAUGCAUCUGGUACCGCGGGAGAAUCUUCCGGAGCCUAAUUCUCAAGAUCAGAGACAAAAAAGUAAAGGCGGCGGGAGUAGUUGCUGCUCGGCUUCCUGCUGCAUACUCUAAAGUCGUCCUCGGUGGCCGUCGCCGACGUCGGUGGUGGAUCGGAUGGAUGGGCGUGCGGCAUGGGCGGGCUCGGGCUCACCCUGUGCGCAGCGUUGAGCCAUGGUUUCUAAGAUUUCGUGCUGAUGUAUAACCGUUAGUGGCUGAGCUCGUGAGCAGUGUAGCACACGAGGGACAAACGGACAUCGUCGGACGCGAAAGCGGUUCUUCGCUCGCACGAUGUAUAUCCUCUUUGUCGACGACCACCGCAGGAUAGCGAUGCGCGCCGCAACCGCCGCAACGACGCGUUCCCCGGUGAAUGAAUCCCCCCCGCCUCCCCCACGUCGUUGGGGGCCGCACGCUUAUUUCGGUUCGUUUGGCAGGCGGUAAUGCGUGCUCGAUCAAUAUGCACUCGCGAGGGAAAUCCGCUCGGGAAGAAGAGCGGAUAGGUAGCGUGCAUCGUUACGAGAGGUCGGAUCAUCGUCGGCAUGUCGAGAUUAACUCUAACUUGCCCGUGAGAUCUCUUCGGCCGAAUUGCGCCGAUUGACGAUGGUCGACUAACUUCCGACUAAAAGUAACGGUGUUAGUCACAUUGGACGCUAUGGCUCUUGUUGUGAUAUACAGACGGACGGUGAAAAGGAUUUGACCAGUCGCAAAUUUCGUUAACAGCUUAAAUCGAGGAUUAAUCAACUAAUUUUUUUCCUGUCCCUUUCUAACUGACGACUGUAGCGUCAUGAUAUCGAAAGAGAAAGAAAAAGAGAGAGAAGAAAUAUGAUAUCGUUCGUAAAAUUAGUUAAUUGACUUAACUUAAAAUUUUGGUUAACAGAACUCGGAGUUAACUCCGAGUAAGUUAUUAUAUAAUAGUGUAAUAAAUUCUAUUGACUACACUGGAUUAAUUUUGCAUGGCGAUAUUUCUUCAUUUCUACAGCGUUUUACAUUGUUAGAAUAUAAAUGGAAUAAUCGUAAAUGUAGUUAGCAGUCUUAAUUAAAUUUUGCUUAGGGAUUCCUUAUCAUUUCCCUAGAUUACAUAGCUGUAGCUGUAAUAUCGAACGAAGAAAGGAAACGAUCGUAAAUUUAGUUAACCAGUCUUAACUAAAUUUUCGUCGGCGACGCCCCCGUCUUUUCCUAGAUUACGACCGUAUAGUUACAAUAUUGCGAGAGAAGGAAAGACGUUAGUCCAUAAGCCGGUCAACACUCGUCAGUUAACGUCAGUUAACACUUUCGUUAACCUUUUCAGUUAACUUAAGUUUCGAUUACUCGCCCUCGACUUGACCUAAAUUAAUUUAAUUCAAUUCCGCAUCUAUCUUGCGAAGCGAAAUCGGAGGAUUCUAGGAGAGUUAAACGUCAGUUAACUUUAACUAUCCGUGUUUAGUUAAACCGCAGUUAGAUCACCACUCGCCGUCGGUGCGAACCGGCUUCGAAGAUCAAGGAGGGUGACACGCGAACAGUUACGCAUUCAUCGCGUGGAUGUUUGUAAUCUCUGUUUUGUUUCGCCCCCCUCGCCCCUCCGUAUAAGGAAUUCGUGUGUAUGCACGGUAAGACGAAUAGAAUUUCCAGGGACAGAGGAACCAGGUAGCAAAGGCUACGAUUCUGUUCUAAGCGUUACACUCGAGACGCGCCCUGGUACGGCGCUACAAUGCUUAGAAACUCAACCACUAUCACAGUACUGCAGCAUUAUAAUAAUUAUGUAGACUGGAUCGUGUGCAUGCUUGCGUAAAUUGAAUGUAUCGCGUUCGAAUGAGAAAGAGGACAUGGAAGCGAAUGAGAGAGAGAGAGAGAGAGAGAGAGA